AAAAGCAUCCCGAGACGCAGCGCGCAUGACCAGCCGCGUUGGGUGCAAAACCACAACCGCCAACAUCUUCUAACUCCCCUCACGGCUCUCCCUCUCCCCGCACGCACAACACCGGUGAACCCCUACGUACUACUGAGCUGAGCUGAGAGGACGAAGAAGAAGAUCAAGCUCGAGGGGCUUGCGAUCAUGGGUGCCGCAUUCUUGUCGUCGUGGCCAUGGGAUAACCUCGGCGCGUACAAGUAUGUGUUGUACGCGCCGCUGGUGGGGAAGGCGGUGGCGGGGCGGGCGUGGGAGCGGGCGAGCCCCGACCACUGGCUGCUGCUGCUGCUCGUCCUCUUCGGCGUCAGGGCCUUGACCUACCAGCUCUGGAGCUCGUUCAGCAACAUGCUCUUCGCCACCCGCCGCCGCCGCAUCGUCCGCGACGGCGUCGACUUCGGCCAGAUCGACAGGGAGUGGGACUGGGACAACUUCUUGAUACUGCAGGUGCACAUGGCGGCGGCGGCGUUCUACGCGUUCCCGUCGCUGCGGCACCUCCCGCUGUGGGACGCCAGGGGCCUCGCCGUCGCCGCGCUCCUCCACGUCGCCGCCACCGAGCCCCUGUUCUACGCCGCGCACAGGGCGUUCCACCGCGGCCACCUCUUCUCCUGCUACCACUUGCAACACCACUCCGCCAAGGUGCCCCAGCCAUUCACAGCGGGGUUCGCGACGCCGCUGGAGCAGCUGGUGCUGGGGGCGCUCAUGGCGGUGCCGCUGGCGGCGGCGUGCGCGGCGGGGCACGGCUCCGUCGCGCUGGCCUUCGCCUACGUGCUGGGUUUCGACAACCUCCGCGCCAUGGGCCACUGCAACGUCGAGGUGUUCCCCGGCGGCCUCUUCCAGUCGCUCCCCGUCCUCAAAUACCUUAUCUACACCCCAACGUACCACACGAUCCAUCACACCAAGGAGGAUGCCAACUUCUGCCUGUUCAUGCCGCUGUUCGACCUCAUCGGUGGCACCCUCGACGCCCAGUCCUGGGAGAUGCAGAAGAAAACCAGCGCAGGGGUGGACGAGGUGCCGGAGUUCGUGUUCCUGGCGCACGUGGUGGACGUGAUGCAGUCGCUGCACGUGCCGUUCGUGCUGCGGACGUUCGCGUCGACGCCCUUCUCGGUGCAGCCGUUCCUGCUGCCCAUGUGGCCGUUCGCGUUCCUCGUCAUGCUCAUGAUGUGGGCGUGGUCCAAGACCUUCGUCAUCUCCUGCUACCGCCUCCGCGGCCGCCUCCACCAGAUGUGGGCCGUCCCCCGCUACGGCUUCCACUACUUCCUGCCGUUCGCCAAGGACGGCAUCAACAACCAGAUCGAGCUCGCCAUCCUCAGGGCGGACAAGAUGGGCGCCAAGGUGGUCAGCCUCGCCGCUCUCAACAAGAAUGAGGCGCUGAACGGUGGCGGGACGCUGUUCGUGAACAAGCACCCGGGGCUCCGGGUGCGCGUCGUCCACGGCAACACGCUGACGGCGGCGGUGAUCCUCAACGAGAUCCCGCAGGGCACCACCGAGGUGUUCAUGACCGGCGCCACGUCCAAGCUCGGCCGCGCCAUCGCCCUCUACCUCUGCAGGAAGAAAGUCCGCGUCAUGAUGAUGACGCUGUCGACGGAGAGAUUCCAGAAGAUACAGAGGGAGGCGACGCCGGAGCACCAGCAGUACCUGGUGCAGGUGACCAAGUACAGGUCGGCGCAGCACUGCAAGACGUGGAUCGUCGGCAAGUGGCUGUCGCCGAGGGAGCAGCGUUGGGCGCCGCCGGGGACGCACUUCCACCAGUUCGUCGUCCCCCCAAUCAUCGGCUUCCGCCGCGACUGCACCUACGGCAAGCUCGCCGCCAUGCGCCUCCCCAAGGACGUCCAGGGCCUCGGCGCCUGCGAGUACUCGCUGGAGCGCGGGGUGGUGCACGCGUGCCACGCCGGAGGCGUGGUGCACUUCCUGGAGGGGUACACGCACCACGAGGUGGGCGCCAUCGACGUGGACCGCAUCGACGUCGUGUGGGAGGCGGCGCUCAGGCACGGCCUCCGGCCUGUCUGAUCGGAACCCGCGCCGUUCGUCUCGUCGAUCCAACGGCCGCGGCGCGUUCUGGGCCCCCACCAAACCGGGCCCAAGCCCUCGUCGUCGUCGUCAUCGUCGUCGUUCUUCUCUUUCUCCUUUCCCUUUUCACAGGUUAAUUUAAAAACGUCGUCGUCGUCGUCGUCAUGGUCAUCGAUCACCAUCAAAUUAAAUCAUUCUCGUGUGGCUCCUGACUGUUCAAUUUGCUGCCACACCGGCAAAUCCUCCCCCCGCACCGUGUUUUGAUUUGUCUGCACGUAUAUGUAUAAGUAUAUAUACUUUGAUUUGGCGUUGGAUACAUAAAGAGAUGAGCUGUAUGAACGUGUAGAUAUAUUUAUAUGCCUAAAAGAUGAGCAGUAUAUAUAGCUGCGUUAUUUUUAUCA